AUGGCCCAAAGCAUAGGUAACAUCAUCGAAGCCUUUAUCCUUUCUAUCAUUUGCAUCGUGUCAGUUCUUGGAAACUUAACUGUGUUUGUAAUCUUCACGAGACGGCAUGCUUUUCGCACUGUCACAAACGGGUUUCUUCUUAACCUUGCAUUUGCCGACUUACUAGUUUCCGUUCUCAACAUGCCGAUUACAGUAGUCACAAUUGUCAAACAGCGAUGGAUAUUUGGAAAAAACGCCUGCGUUUUACUGGGAUUCACUACAUUGCUGUCGUUUGUUUCGUCCGUGAUGUGGCUUGCUAUGAUUGCAAUCAACAGAUAUUAUUACGUAGUAAAGUGGAAAACGUACUCUGUUGCAUUUAGACCAAGACGAUCUGUUGUGUUUGGAGCGAUUGUUUGGUCAAUGUCGUUGUUAUUAUCCCUUCCUCCAAUUUUUGGUUGGGGGGAAUUUCGCUACAUCCCUGGAAAAUCAUUCUGUUUUGUUUACUGGCCAUCUGACGUUUAUUACAUGUACUUCAUGUUGACGGUAUGUUUUUUCGGUCCUCUAAGCGUUAUGUCUAUUUCAUACUUCAAUAUUUUCAAAUAUACAAGGGUAGCCCGACAGAGCCUUAAUCAACACAGGGAUGUGACAAACGAAGAAAAAACUGCGCAAGAAAAUGGCCGAAUCAGAAGAGGCUUUAAAGUGACGCCGGAAGAAGUUAAAAUUACCAACACUAUACUCGUUGUUGUUGCUUGCUUCAUGUUUUGUUGGGCACCUUUUGCCAUGACCAUGUUUACUGAUGUUUACUAUAAUCGCCCAAUUCCAAGAAUAAUUGAUAUUAGCACAUUGUUGUUAGGUUACGCUAAUAGCAUGUGUAAUCCUGUCAUUUACGGAAUAAGGAAUCAGUCCUUCAGACGAGAACUUAGUCGUUUAUUCAGGCGCUGUUAUGCACCUUCUCAUACAGUUCCAGCAGUGAAAGUGGUGCCAGCAGAUCGUUCACAAUGCCCAGUAAACAUUGACCAGUCUCUAGAAGGAGCAGAAUCAUCAAAGUUGUAUUUUAAAUCUUCAAGUGACGAGGCUACAGCCAUAUCAACAUGUAAUUUUGAGGGUUGA